UUGUUUGUUUACACCUCUUUUGUCAGAAGAAAUUUGCAAGAAAUAUUUUUGCAACGAUUUUAUUUUUACAUCUUAAACUUGGAAAAACACUUCAAAAUUUGUUAGAAAUUAAACAAAAAUACUAAACUCACAUCAAAUAUGGUCAUAACAUCCAAUACUUUGCGUAGCCAAUUAAUGGCUCUGGUAAAUUUCUCAGGAACACACAAAGAACAAGCCGACCGGUAUAGGCAAUUGUUGGAAGUGGUACUCACCAAUACCGGCAAUGAAUUGGUCGAUACUUUGAAACUGUUUGUGGAAGCCAUAGUCAAUGAACACGUUAGUUUAGUUAUAUCGCGUCAAAUUCUAAAUGAUGUUGGUAUACAAUUAAGUAAACUACCGGAUGAGGUGUCCAAGCAGGUGUCGCAUUUUACUUUGGAUAAGGUACAACCUAGGGUUAUAUCUUUUGAAGAACAAGUUGCUGGUAUACGACAGCAUUUGGCUGAUAUUUACGAACGUAAUCAGCAGUGGCGUGAUGCAGCCAAUGUAUUGGUGGGCAUUCCUUUGGAAACCGGUCAAAAGCAAUAUACCGUGGAUUAUAAGCUGGAGACAUAUUUGAAGAUAGCAAGAUUGUAUUUGGAAGAAAAUGACUCGGUUCAGGCUGAAUUUUACAUAAAUCGUGCUUCGUUAUUGCAGGCAGAGACACAAAUUGAAGAAUUACAGGUUCUCUAUAAAGUGUGCUAUGCCCGCGUUUUGGACUAUCGACGUAAAUUUAUUGAAGCUGCUCAACGUUACAACGAACUCUCCUAUCGCACUAUAGUGGAUGAGGGUGAACGUAUGACCGCCUUAAAAAAGGCUCUUAUAUGCACCGUUUUAGCCUCGGCUGGUCAACAACGUUCGCGUAUGUUGGCUACACUGUUUAAAGAUGAACGCUGCCAACAAUUACCGGCCUAUUCGAUUCUGGAGAAAAUGUAUUUAGAUCGUAUUAUACGUCGUUCAGAAUUGCAAGAAUUUGAGGCUUUAUUACAGCCACAUCAAAAAGCUGCCACCGUUGAUGGUUCUUCUAUUUUGGAUCGUGCGGUAUUUGAGCAUAAUCUCUUAUCGGCCAGCAAAUUGUAUAAUAAUAUAACUUUUAUUGAAUUGGGCGCAUUGUUAGAGAUACCAGCUGCUAAAGCGGAAAAUAUUGCCUCACAAAUGAUAACCGAGGGUCGCAUGAAUGGUCAUAUCGAUCAGAUAAGUGGUAUUGUACAUUUUGAAAAACGUGAAGUCUUACCCUUGUGGGAUCGUCAAAUACAAUCUCUGUGCUAUCAGGUUAAUUCGAUUAUCGAGAAAAUCGCUGCUUCUGAACCCGAAUGGAUGUCACAGACAUUAGAUGAAAUUAAUUCUUAAGUAGCGGUGAGCAUUUUGGCGUAAUAUUUUUAAAGCUGGCUUUUGUAUAAGACACUUGUUUUGUGUUUGAAGGAGUGUUUCCUUUUUCUGAUUUGUUAAAUUAUUUUCGUAAAUUUUCUCAAAUAAACUUAUAAGGUUUUAAAAGCGGA